UACAGCGAGCGGCGGCUUCAGGCACAAGUGUAAACAAGAUGGCGACGAGGAGUUGGCGGGUGUGGAGUCUGGCCUGUCUCUGGUUGUUCCUGGCGUUGUCAUUAUUCGGCUUAGAGUCCGCUGGGGCUCUGUCGGAGCCGGGCAAAUGGACCCUCAACAUAGCAGGGAAUCAAUCUCAGACAAGAUUUCCAUUUCGAAAGACGUUGUUCAAUCAUUCUUACAUUAAGCUGAAAUGGACGAAAGUGAGCUGCGACACUCCAGUCAAUCUGAGCAUUGCGUGGUAUUUGAGGAGUUCCCGCUGUUAUGAUGAAUUCAUGUCAGUGAACGAUGACAUGGCAGCAAAAUAUUUUGGCUCUUUAACUGAGCAGGAGAAAGGUGGAAGUGGUAAUUACAUACUGCACCAGUACAACUCCAUUGAGUGUCAAAAGAACAAAACUUUUAGACAACUGCAAGUAAAUCACUAUGACCAACCAGAACCAUUGAGAAAAGCGACACCAGACAUUGAAGCCCAACCUGAGCCUAAUCCUAAGCCAGUAUCUAAAAGAAAUACAGGCAAUGAGAAGAAAGAAAACAGGAAACCUAUGAAUGAAAAUGGAAAAUUAAAUAAGACCACCAGAGUAAAUAAAGUUCCGGUUUUAAAGGAUUCGGUAGCAAAGACCUGGGAAGAUGCACCAUACCUUUUCAUCGUUGAGGUCAAAAAACCAAUGGUUAACUCUCCUGAAAACAGAAAUUGGAAUCUAAUUUUAGAAGUGGAAAUGGUAGGACCCUACGGAUACAUUUCUGCCACACAAUGGCCACUAAUGAUUUUUUACAUGGUGAUGUGUAUCAUCUACGUGUUCUACAGUCUGGUUUGGCUGCUCCUUUUAGCCUGCUACUGGAAGGAUUUACUCCGGAUUCAGUUCUGGAUUGGAGGGGUCAUCCUGCUCGGAAUGUUGGAAAAAGCAGUCUUCUAUGCAGAAUACCAAAGCAUCUCACGUCAGGGUGUAUCAGUUCACGGGGCAGUGGUCUUCGCAGAGUUGCUGUCAGCUGUGAAGCGUACUCUUGCUCGGAUCCUGGUCAUUAUUGCUGCACUUGGUUAUGGAAUUGUCAAGCCUCGGUUAGGAGCCACUUCAAAUCAAGUCGUUGGCAUUGGCCUGCUGUACUUACUGUUUUCAUCAGUAGAGGGCGUCCUGAGAGUAACUGUGGAGCAAUCUUCGGCAGCCAUGACCAUCUGUGAGAUUUCUCUUGCAUUAAUAGACUCCUGUAUUGUUUGGUGGAUCUUCGUCAGUCUGUCUCAGACAAUGAAGCAGCUGAAACUCCGAAGAACUCUGGUGAAAGUCUCGCUGUACCGGCACUUCACAAAUACAUUAAUAUUUGCUGUUUUUGCUUCAGUGAUUUUUGUCAUCUGGGUGACAAUGACAUUCAGACUUGCAACCUGUCAGUCGGAUUGGCGGGAACGGUGGAUAGAGGAUGCAUUUUGGCAUUUUCUUUUCUCAGUUUUGCUGCUUGUAAUAAUGUUCUUGUGGAGACCAUCUGCAAAUAACCAGAGAUAUGCUUACUCUCCCUUGGUAGACGAUGUUGAGGAGGAGGAGGAGGAAGAACAGUUGAUCAGUGAGGCUUUUGAGGGAAUAAAGAUAAGAACAGUGAAAUCAGAGUCUAAUGGUACAGUCAAAUCCAACAGAAUGGAUGAAGACCUCAAAUGGGUUGAAGAAAAUAUCCCAUCCUCACUAACUGAUGUUACACUACCAACCCUAUUGGAUUCAGAUGAGGAAAUAAUGACGACCAAGUUUGAAAUCUCCAAAAUGGAAUAACUGCUUGAAGCACACUUACAGGCAACCUGAUACUUAGCAAUACGAAAACACUAAUGGAGUUGAUCUACGAUUUGGACGUUUUUUUU